AUAUAACUCAUUCAGUAGUACGUACGUUCGGUUUGCUGCUUGUACACAUGUGCGUGGCGUCGAAAUGCACCAACUAGGAGAUUGAUUUUGAGCCCAUUUUUCUUCUUCAUCGAGACAGGGUUGAUUGGAAAGACGGGUUCGUGUGGAGGGCAGUCAUACAAGUCUGACUGAAGGGACAACCACUGGUACAUGUAAUUUAUACAAAUAUAGAGAGAGGUCUAAAUCAUGGAGUUGGCACAGGCAAAAGGUGUAGCGGAAACGCUGCAGUUUUUCAACGUCAAGGAAUCUCAGGGAUUGUCUCAAGCACAAGUCAAGGUUGCCCAGGAAAAAUACGGCCCAAAUGAGCUGCCAGCAGAAGAAGGUAAAGCACUUUGGCAGCUAGUCCUAGAACAAUUUGACGAUCUCUUGGUUAAAAUCUUACUUCUUGCAGCCGUGAUUUCAUUUAUACUAGCCAUUUUUGAGGAGGAUGAAGACGAGAAAGUCACAGCCUUUGUAGAACCUUUUGUCAUUCUGCUGAUCCUGAUAGCUAAUGCAAUUAUCGGAGUAUGGCAGGAGAGAAACGCAGAGAGUGCCAUCGAAGCAUUGAAGGAAUACGAGCCCGAAAUCGCCAAGGUGAUUCGCAUGGAGAAGUCCGGCGUGCAGAGAAUACGGGCGAAGGAUCUGGUGCCCGGCGACAUUGUAGAGGUUUCAGUUGGCGAUAAAAUUCCAGCUGACAUUCGUAUAUCCACCAUCAAGUCCACCACGCUACGUGUGGAUCAGGCGCUUCUAACAGGUGAGAGUGUGAGUGUAAUGAAGCACACGGAUACCAUCCCUGACACUAGAGCCGUCAACCAAGACAAGAAGAACUUGCUCUUCUCGGGUACAAACAUCGCAUCGGGAAAAUGUGUUGGCAUUGUCGUUGGCACCGGCCUGAACACAGAGAUAGGCAAGAUUCGGACAGAGAUGGUUGAGACUGAGACUGAGCGAACCCCCCUGCAGCAGAAAUUGGACGAGUUUGGAGAACAGCUGUCUAAGGUGAUCUCCAUCAUCUGCGUUGCCGUCUGGGCCAUCAACAUUGGCCACUUCUCCGACCCCUCUCACGGUGGUUCCUGGGUGCGGGGCGCCAUCUACUACUUCAAGAUUGCCGUGGCUCUGGCCGUCGCAGCUAUCCCAGAAGGCCUGCCUACAGUCAUCACCACGUGCCUGGCCCUCGGUACCCGUCGUAUGGCUAAGAAGAAUGCCAUUGUUAGAAGCCUGCCCUCUGUUGAAACCCUCGGCUGUACGUCAGUCAUCUGCUCUGAUAAGACAGGAACCCUCACAACCAAUCAGAUGUCUGUCAGUAGAACAUUUGUCAUGGACAAGGUACAAGGUGACAAGGUUAGCUUCCAUGAAUUUGAAGUCAGCGGAGUCACAUACGAACCAAAGGGCGAAGUACACAUGAAUGGCAGCAAGGCCAACCUGGCUAGUUUCGAGGCCCUACAGGAACUGGCCACCAUAUGUGCACUCUGUAAUGAGUCCAGCAUUGACUACAAUGAGACCAAGAACGUCUAUGAGAAGGUCGGCGAGGCCACCGAGACCGCCCUGACGGUCCUCGUGGAGAAGAUGAACGUCUUCGGCACAGACCUGACGGGCCUGGACAAGCACAAGCUGUCCAACGCCUGCAACCUGGCCAUCACCUCCCAGUAUAAGAAGGAGUUCACCUUGGAGUUCAGCCGAGACCGGAAAUCCAUGAGCUGCUACUGCACACCCACCAAGAUCACCAGAUCGGCUGGGGGCAAUAAGAUGUUUGUCAAGGGUGCCCCUGAGAGUAUCCUCGACCGGUGCACUGACAUACGCCUCAGUGUGAACAAGGUGCCUCUCACCCCGGCUGCUAAACAGCAAAUCAUUGACAAGAUCGCUGAAUAUGGAACAGGUCGUGACACCCUGCGCUGUCUGGGUCUGGCCACUGUGGACAGCCCCAUCAGAAAAGAGGACAUGGAUCUUGAGAAUGCCAACAACUUCAUCAAAUACGAGACCAACAUGACGUUUGUGGGCUGCGUGGGCAUGUUGGACCCACCGCGCAAGGAGGUCAUUCACUCUAUCGAAGACUGUAAGGCUGCUGGUAUCCGUGUCAUCGUCAUCACCGGCGACAACAAGAACACGGCCGAGGCUAUCUGCCGUCGGAUCGGGGUCUUCACUGAGACUGAGAGCACUGCAGGCUUGUCCUACUCUGGCCGGGAGUUUGAUGACCUAUCCACUGAGCUGCAGAGUAAGGCAUGCGCUGAAGCCAGGUUGUUCUCCCGAGUGGAGCCAGCACACAAGAGCAAGAUCAUCGAGUACCUGCAAGGACACGGAGAGAUCUCGGCCAUGACUGGUGAUGGUGUCAACGAUGCUCCAGCCCUGAAGAAGGCCGAGAUCGGUAUUGCCAUGGGCUCUGGUACGGCUGUCGCUAAGAGUGCCUCAGAGAUGGUAUUGGCCGACGACAACUUCUCCACCAUCGUGGUUGCCGUCGAGGAAGGCCGGGCCAUCUACAACAACAUGAAACAGUUCAUCCGUUACCUCAUCUCUUCAAAUAUUGGUGAAGUUGUCAGCAUCUUCCUGACAGCAGCCCUAGGCAUGCCUGAGGCUCUGAUCCCAGUCCAGCUGCUCUGGGUCAACCUGGUCACCGAUGGUCUGCCUGCCACUGCCCUCAGCUUCAACUCCCCCGACAUUGACAUCAUGGACAAGCCCCCACGCAAGGCCAACGAGCCACUCAUCAGUGGGCUGCUCUUCUUCAGAUACAUGGCCAUUGGAAUAUACGUCGGUGCUGCUACUGUAGGUGCGUCUGCCUGGUGGUUCAUGUAUCAUGUCAAUGGUCCUCGCUUGUCAUUCUGGCAGUUGACCCAUCAUUUGCAGUGCCCUCUGGAGCCAGAGAACUUCAAGGGGUUGGACUGCGAGAUCUUUGAUGAUCCGCAUCACAUGACCAUGGCCCUGUCUGUACUAGUCACCAUUGAGAUGCUGAAUGCAAUGAAUAGUUUGAGUGAGAACCAAUCUCUCCUAGUCAUGCCGCCAUGGUCCAACAUUUGGCUGAUUGGUGCCAUCAUCCUGUCCAUGGCUCUUCACUUUGUUAUCCUCUACGUCGACAUCAUGUCUACCGUGUUCCAGAUCACGCCCCUGGACUUCACCGAGUGGAUGGCCGUCCUGAAGAUCUCCUUCCCAGUCAUCCUCUUAGAUGAGAUGCUCAAGUUUGUGGCCCGCCGCACCAAUGACGGUAAAAGCUAUUCCGUUGGCCUGCACGGGCUGGUGGCCGGUGUGGCCAUUGCCCUUGCUGUCCUCUACCUCCUCCCCAUGUGAAUAAAAAGGGGUCUCUUUUACUCCUCUCAUACAACUUUUUUGGAUCUAAUUUAUUCAGUUUUUGUUUUAAAUUUUACAUUGUCUGUUUUUCCUUCUUGUAUGUGCUCUCUUGCUGCUGCGCAACAAUCACACAAAUUAUUACUCACACUUUUACUUUUUUUGUUUUCAAUUUAUUUUGUUUUUUGAGUUGGGGUUGUGUGAGGGUGGUUAACACGUGAGGAUGUGCCUGGUUUGUUUUUGUGCCUGAGACGAGUUGUGGUAAGAGGGCAGUCCUGUUUAGCAGGAAAACUGGAUUUGACAAAAACCUGAUGAUUUGGCAUUAAUUUUAUUAAGGUUACAUGAAAUAUUUUGAGUUGAUGCAAAAUUAGUGAGGGGAAGCAACUCAAAAGUGCUUUAAAAAAAUAAAAAAAAAAUAUAAAAUAAAUUCCUGUGAUAAGUUUGCACAAGACUUAAAUGGGUUGAAAUGGAAGCGCUUUUCUGUAUAAACCACCCUCCCCCUAAAAAAAACCCAUAAAAAAACCCCAAGACCUACUGCCUCUUACCAAGACAAACCUUUGUUGUGCACUUUUAAUUCGCUGGAAUCAUUUGCAUGAGGGUGGUAAUUUGUGUAUUCAAUCUGAGUUGGUAAACUUACAUGGCAGCCAUUUUGUUUUUCUCACCCAGUAGACAGAGCACCUAAUCAUGUUAUCAUGUGGCUUUGACUGUGUAAGACAGGGUGAUAGAUUUGGUGAAUUAGAACUUUGUGCUAAUGAACACGAAACUUAUUAUGCAAUAUGAAGAAUAAUUGAUGAGCCAGUUUUGACUCUUGGAACAAACGUCUGCUCUCAUUUUAGCUGUUGAAAUGUGUAAAACAAAAGCGUAAUUCUAUUGAAAUUCUCAGACGCUGUUUGAAGCUUGUGCUGAUUUUGUCACUGCCAUAGUUUAUCGAGCACAGUUCUGCUUGCAGCAACACCAUAUCAGUUUCUUUCAAAAGGAUAUGUUAUGAAUUUGAUUAUUUGGUCUAGUACCCCGCCUUACACAGUCUAUUCACCUCACUGGCACUCAACACAGCACGGUAGCCAUUCUUGUACUUACACUGCAUUCCUUUUGUUGCACUGUGCGUUCUUUUAGUUGUAGGCACGGAACGUUGAGUAAAGCUCCAAUAACUAUUGAUGUUGAAGUUCAUUCGAGUUCACCGAGUUUCGGUCCGUGUUUCAGUAGUUUCUGUCCACCUCUGUUGUAGACGAACUUUCACGAGCUACAGCUAAAAAAUAAAAACACCUAAAAAGUCACAGUUCGAAAGAUAUUCUUGUUAUUAGAUAAAAUACACGGGGAAAUUUUGUUAUCUCAAAAAUGUCAUUGCUACUCGCUGCAUCAUAAUUGUAUUUGUAGGAUGUUUGGGUUGUACAUGUUUAUGUUAAUGUUGGAUAUAUACAUAUGUAACAUUUUAUAUGAAAACAGUAAUUUUAGUAUUUAUGCAUCAUACGGGGAAUUAACGAAGGCACUAGAACUAGGUACGACCGAAUAACGGUAGGUUUAUGUUUGUACAUGAGUUCACACAAAUCUUAGAUUAUUUAGAAAUGCACGCUGUGUGACUCUUUUUGUCGGAAUGGUUUCUUGAUGCUAGAUUUUGUUCAAAUCGAAACUUUCUGUGGGGGUUUGGAUGCUCUAAGUUUGAAUUGACUUUGUACACGAGGUGCCCUGAGCACUUUAAAAAUUACUUUCAAACAAGAAAGCAUUUAUAAGUCAUGCUUUUUCAAAUUGUUUUUUUUUUGUCCUCUUUUUUUAAAGUGUUGCGUGAAGCAAUUUUGCAGCCCAUCCCUGAACUAUUUAAUAAUUUUUUUAUUUCUCCGAAUUACUGUUACCCGCCUGUUUCCAUUUUUCAAGUUUUUUUUUUACAGUUUGAAGCAUAAUUUUAGAAACUUUUUCAAAGGGAUUUGGGAAAAUUUGCAGACUUGGAUUUAAAGGAGUGAAAAACAUUAAUACAUUAAAGAAAUACAUUAAAAAUACCCAGGCUAAUUAAACUUGAAACUAUAUUUUCAAAGGUCUACAGAUAAACAGGUAUUUGUUAUUUAUUACUAAUAUUGUAUCAUUUAUUUGUUCAGUUCUUUCCAUGCGGUUUUAUUAACACGAUGUAAAAAUAUGUAAAUGUCCAUGUCCACUUUGUCAAAUACAACAGGAUAGUAUCUUUGCCGGAUUGCGAAACAAAAUCUAUCGAUUCAUUCUAAAUUCCCCUCUGGAAGAUGAGAGGCAAAGUUUAGAAAAGGGUUUGUAAUUUUUAACUUGAAUGAAAAUUGAAAUGAAUUUUUUGUCCCAGUCCAGGACCCUACAUAGUUGUGAAUUUUGUUGAGUCGUACGGUAUUAACCGCGAAAAAAAGUUUUGUUUGUGAUGUCGUGAUUGCAAUUGAUUUUUAUUGAGAAUAAACAGAUUGAAUGUUUUUAUGUACCUGAAACAAAA